UUGCUCUACGGUCUGCGGUGUCUUAACGUCUGUUGGUGGUUGCCGGUUGGUAACACAUUACUCAUGAGUCAAAUAUUUCAAAUACUCAGGCCUAGUGUAAACCCGUUUUACAAAAUUAUUAGUAUUACUUGCAAUGGAGUUCCUUACAUAGGCACGAUACGUAUGGAUAAUAUGUCGUAUGUAUAAUGUCAUGACCUAUUAGUCCGUCACUAUUCAAUAAUUUAUUAUUAUUUAAGUUAAUAUUAUAUAUCAACCUUCAAAACUUCACUAAACAACUAACUUAAUUGUAAUUUUUUGUUAUAGCGAUACACGGAAAACAUGUGUGGGUGCGGAAGUAGUGAAGUAGAAAAGGAUAGUACUUACGGCGAUGAUACUUACGGCGAUGGUAUUUACAACGAUAGUACUUAUGACGAUGGUACUUACGGCAAUAGUAGAUACAAUAACCAUCGCAAAUAUCGUCGCCAAAAUCAUACCACUGGCGACAGUAAUUAUUACGGCACAAACACCUACCCCGUUGGCGAUUCUAAUUACGUUAGUAGUUAUCAUAACGAUGAUCGUCGAGACAGCUACGGCAGUUGCGGUUGUUUUGGCGGUGACGGCGACGGUGAUUGUUAUGGCGGUGACGGCGACGGUGAUUGCUAUGGCGGUGGCGAUGGAGGUGACUACGGAGGUGAUGGUGGAGGCGACGGCGGAGGUGACGGCGGCGGCGACUAACUACCAUUUUUGAAUAACCGUUAAUUUUAAAUAAUAAUUAUAUACACUUACUAACAGAUCUAUAUAAACAGUAUACCUACAAUAUAGUAUAAUAUUAAUAUAUGAUGGGUACCUAUUAAAUUUCUGCCAUAUUAUUAUGUAAUUCAAAUCGAUAUAUUAAUGCGUAUAUUUAUGAAAACAUUUAAAAAGCAUUCUUAUGUUAGUUUAUAGCUUUUAUUUUAACCAAAGAGUAAAGAAAAAUAUAAUAUAAUUUAUUACUGUAAACGUGCCUGUACACACAUUUUUCUAAUCUCUAUCUUACAAUUAUAUAGAUAUAGAACCCAGACAUAUUUGUAUCAAAAUUUCGGAAACAUUCUUCGAUACAGCUAGUUAAACCACUUAGAUAUUUUAUUGUCGCUGUGUUAUUUUGUAGUUAUAAAUGCACAGAAAAUUUAUCAUUUUUAAUUUGAAUAAUAUUUUCAUCUUAUUUAUUAGCCAUUCCAUUUAGACUAAAAAUAAUUAUUCAUAAACAAUUAAUUAUUUUAGUUUACUCGAAAAAUAUUGAAAUUCAUUGAAAUAUGUGAUAUGAUUCUUUAUUUAUAUGUUCUUAGCUUAUUUGUUAAUAAUAAUUAACUAAAAAAAAGUAUGCAUAUAAAUAUGUAAAUUUAUGCUUAAAAAAUAUUAAUGAUAAGAUAUUGUCAUACUCUUAUAAUGUUUACAUGAUUUAAAUUAUUUAUGUCUUAUGAAAUACAAUCACUUACUAAUUUAUUAAGUAUAGUAUUUGGUUUCUCGUUAGUGAUGUUGUAUACUAGCAUACUGUAUAUAGACAACAUCAAAAAACUUGGUUUUAUAAUAUCUAAUCAUAUAUUAUAAAAACUAAAUUCAUUAAUUAGCAAGGUGGAAUAUUUGCAAUCUAACAUUAAUCAAAUGCAAGAUUAUGCAUUAAUGUACUUUAUAAUAGAAUAUUCACCUUUACAUAACACCUGUGCAGCUUAUUACAUUACGCUACCAAAGGUCACCACUAUAUCUACCUAACUAGCUUAAAAGUGUGUUUUAAUUAGAAUAUAUCUAAAAGAUUAGUUAUUGUCAGUAUUAUCGUGUAUUUAUGUUUCUUGUUAUUUUUAUAAAAACGUUUUAAUAACUGUUCUCAAUGCAAAAUAAUAUAUUAUAUCAUUAUAUCUAUAGGUAAUUAUUUCCAUUGUAUA